AGUGUAGUAUAAAAGAUAAUACAUGGCCUUUUGAUGUUUUUUUUCUCUUAAUCACUAAAGUUUAGUAAUUGUAUAAGUAUAAUAGCCCUACUAUAAUUAUAAUAGUUUAUUAAUAGCCCUACAAAAAUACAAGACUAAGACUCUUCUUAAACUAUAAAUUGAUAUUCAUAGAAGAUGAAUCAAUAAUCAAUAUAACUGUUUUGUGCAAUAAAUAAAAGUUGGGUUUAAGAGAAUUCUUCACUCAAUGUUCAUUAAAACCAAAUGAAUUAAAUAUAAAUACCAAUAAAGGUAAGGGGUAAUAAGGGGAGAGACUGCAAUCAGGUUAGUACAAAAUAUAAUGAGUAAAACAGAGUAGGGUUAAACCUGAAAAAAUAAACGCAACAAAACAGCGAACGUGUCGGCAGAAAGCCUUCGUCAGCGAACAAAACAACAGAAAAAAACGGUAUAAAAAUAAAAAUAAGAAAUAGUACUUCCGUCCCGUCUUCAAACACUUCAAUAGUGGUGACCACCAGGGCAAGGCGGACUUUUCGAUAAGUGCGAUUGUGGCUAGCACGAGCACCGCCAGCCGGGUCAAUUUGGAACACAGACUUAUCCUGACUUACGGCACUUUGACAUCAGAUGGGAUUAAUGUUAUGUCUCUGUUCACAGCUUGACCCUAGCUCCGCCCCUCCACGUUGUGACCUAUCACAGUAAACUUUUCUCUCCCGCUUUUUUUCGCCGCUGCAUAUUUAAACUCUCACUCUUUUUCCUUCUGCCACACUUCUAUUUCUGCCCACAGAUACUAAUUACCAGCUAGUACUAUUUCUUAUUUUUAUUUUUAUACCGUUUUUUUCUGUUGUUUUGUUCGCUGACGAAGGCUUUCUGCCGACACGUUCGCUGUUUUGUUGCGUUUAUUUUUUCAGGUUUAACCCUACUCUGUUUUACUCAAUAAAGGUAAACCAUGUAGAUAUUUUAGAAUUUUCCAACACACUAAGACUGAACUAAUGAUAAUAAUAUAUUAGUAAUUAUUAUUACUUUUCAGGUUUUUUUACACUUGUCUACUCUACUAUUUGGACCUUAAUUAUAUGCAUUUAACAAUUUUAACAUAAUAAUAAAGAUGUUCCAGACAAACUUAAAAAAACAACAGGAUCUGAUCAUCAUGCUUAUUUAAUGCAUAAAAUAAAUAAGAUGGAAGAAGUUGAAGAGUUAGAGGAAAAUGAGCUUUUGGGGGGUCAAGAAGAAAGUUGCCAUAGGAAGAAUGACAUAGAUGAAACAGCUGAAGAUUUGAUGACUGACAUGAGACUAGAAGAUGAAAUAGAUGAAGUGAGAGCCAUUGAACCAGGUUUGUAUUUUUUAUCAAAUAGACCACUAUAUGCACUCAAUCAAAGUUAAUUUUAAUUUUAAAAUCUUUUUAAACUAAAAAUCUCAUUCUUUUUUAACACAUCCACCUUUUCUCUAUUUUUACAUCUUAGACUUAGAUUGGUGUGUUCAAAUUAUUUUGACAGCUAAUGUAGAAAUAUGAAAUAAUUAUUGUUCUUUGAAUCUGCACAUCUAUAGAUUUUAAUUGGACAUAUCACAUUGAAGUCUACCCAUGGAAUGCUGAUGACAUGACAGAAAACUUUGUUAGAAUUAUCAAGCUUGCACAGUUUUCACAGAUUUACAUGCGAAAAAAGGGAGUAGGGAAAGAAACUGAUGACUCAGAGAAAAUAGAUGAUAAACUGCCAGCAAGACAAAGAAAAGGGUAAACAUAAUUGGACUCAAUCAAGCUUUUAAAAUAGUUUUGAAAAGCACAAAUGAUGAUAGAGUUUGAGUUUGGGUGCAAAAAAACACCUAACAAUUGAAGCCUUAUUUUAAGCAGACAAAAAGGACAAAAAGCUGAACCAUUUUGACAAUCAAGUGAUUAGUUAAAUGUCAUUAAUAAGACAUAAGUAAAAUAAAACUACAAAUAAUUUGAAUUUAACAAAUUUAGGCCUAAACAAAAAAUUAAUAAUUUGUUAAUUUCAUCAACUUUUAAGCUGUUCAGGUAGCUGGGUAGCACAGUUAGCUAGUUUCCAAAUGUCAAAAAAAAUCCAAAUGCAUGCCAAAGUCAGAUGUCCUGGGUACAAAUGAUGGUACAAUAAAAAAAAUGCUGUCAUUAUAUUGUACCAGAAAAAAAAGUUAGAGAUAUUGAAACAACUUUUCAAGUGCGCUAAGCAACAUUUGGGUUCACAAAAACACAAUGUGCGCAAAUAUUAAGGGAGAACUUUCAUAAUAUUAAAAUAAUAAACUAGACGUAGCCUAACAAGGCACCAGACUUUCAGAUAGAAAUUAAAAAAAAAAAACACCUAAGACUAGUGCAAAAAGAACUUAAAGGCAGAAACAUUUUUUUAACUAAAUCUGUAUUGAGGUAUAAAUAGCUAUGUUUUAGAUUAGGCAUGUCAAACUGAGGGUCCGCCAGGGCCAUAAUAUGGGUCACAUUUGUGUUGUCAUGAGGGCCACAUAUGAAAAAUAACUGAGGUCAUUUAGUACAAAUUAUUGCAGAAUAUUUUUAUUACUUAAACUUAGAAACAUACUAUGCUCAUGCAAAAAGGUUUAGCCACUACCCACAUUCAUGAAUGCAAAGUAAUGAAGUAGUUAAACAAAAGAAGAAAACAUUUUUAAUGGUAAAAUAGACUUUUAUGCAACAGCAACAUAUACAUCGUUUUUUUUUCCCUGAGGCUUGACACCUGUUUUUAAUGACAAUUUUUGGUAUAUCUGUGCAGUUCUGACUUUGAUCAGGGAUGACUAGUGUUGAUCAUUCAGCCUUGUUCUCUAAGAGUUUUUGUUUAUUUCAUGAAAGAAAAUUUUUCAUAUGCAUAGGGAGAACUGAACAUUGCCGAAAUCCUUUUAGUCAACUUUCUAAAAGGUGAUUAGGCUAUUUCUAAGUUUAAAACAUUCUGAAACAAAAAAAAAAGAGCAUGCCAUUUUUCUGUGAAGGACGUGUGUUUAUCCAGUUUAAAUUAUAAAAAUUGCAAUUUAGGCAGUUAAAUGACAAAUUUACGGUAUCCUUUGUGCAGGCACAUAUUUGACAUACCUGUUUUAGAUACCUAAUCUUAAUUGUUGUCAUAUAAUUGUUCUAAUUAUUUUUAAAAAAAUUUUAAAUAUUAUUUUAAAAGCCACACAAAUGAUAUUUCUGAAAAUGAAAAAGUAUAUAAAAUUCACGAAAACCUGAAAAAUAUAAAAAUCUAGCUAAAUCUGGUAUUACAUGCAUUAAGAAGCUACAGGUGUUAAGGGCAUAAUUAAAACCUUGCUCUCUCCAUAGAUGCUUGCAUUUAUAUACAGAUACAAGUCAAAAUGCCAAAAAUAUAAUGAGGAGUGCUACAUGGAAAACAAUGACAGCCAAAGAGCUCACAUUUGAAAUCACCAAGCGAGGGCCAAAUGAUGGAGAAACUGAGUCAGGUAAAGUCCUGUCAUUUUAUCAACAGUGUUGUUAAGUUGGGAGGAAGCUUGUAUCUUAAGCAAAAGCCCAUUUACACAACAAAAAAAAAAAAUUAUUAAAAAAAAAUAAAAAUCUAUCUAUAAUAUCAUUUAUAAUGUUUUCUAACCCAUCAAUAGAUUACAUUUAAUAUACACAUUUUUGUUGGUUGCACUAUUACCAAGUUUGAUCAAAGAUAAUAUUUCAAAACAUUGCUCAACUGAAAGUAUUGUGGGUUAAAAAAAAAUAUAUUUCAUUUACAACAAAAAUACUAUAUUUUCAACAAAUUUUGAUUCAUUUCUUCUUUUAAUCUUAUGUUCAGCAUAUUUGGAACUUGACACAUACUCAGCAAGCAAGUCUCGAUUUAGGGACAAGCCCAAAGGUAUGUCUUUGAUCAGUUCAGUGUUAGCAUCAGAGACACAUCUAUGGUCUCUCUGUGAUAAAUUUAUUUGUUGACAUUAGAGACACAUGAAAGGUUUGCUUGUGACAACAUGAUUGAUUCCAAGCUGUGUCACUUUUCCAUUGACACUUUUUUUUUUUAUCAAAUUAUUUGUUCACUAUGUUCAACCCUUGUUGGGCAUAGAGUUAACAUUAUUUGGCUGAGAACUUAUGCCAUCUUUAAUUAGAAAUCUAAACCUCUAACCAACAUUUGGCAUGAAUCAAAAGUUUUUUUUAAGGAUAAAAAUAUAAGGAGGCAAAAAAUCAGCAUUAUACUUCUUCAAUUAAAUGUGAUGUCAGCAUUUCUGAUGUCUUAUUGUAGACUCAAAUUCUUACAUAUAAUUAACUCAAUUUUUCUUCUAAUUAAUCGAAGUGACCUCAAAAAUAUGUGUUAAGACAAACAAGUUAUGAGUUUCAAAUUAUUGAAGCUCAGUUUUAAUGUUUUCUGUGUAAAUUUUAAUUAACAUAUUUUAACAGGUCUUCAGUUUUAAUGAAGAUUCUUAAAAAGAUGUUAAAUAAAAAAAAAAAAAUUUGACCAACAAAAGAUAAGUGCUUAAAAUGUAAAAUUUUAGGUACAGUACCAUCAUCCACUGUAAAAGCAUUGAUAGCAAGGCUCCUGAUAUCUUGCUUUAAUGGUUUGUUCUGAAUGAUGCAAUGGUUUCAUUGUUGUGAAUGUUAAAUUGUCACAACCACAUGUUGGGUUGUGGGGUGCAUUUCAGGAGAAUUAAAGGAUCGCUCUGCUAAAGUAUCCAACCUCCCGGGAACUAUUUCUCGGGAAUUCCUAGACGUGGUGUUCAGUCGAGCUUAUGCUGUGAUUGGGGGCACCACGGUCAGGGAAUACUUGAAAGAAAAAGAAGGCAGACUACAUGAGAAGCUUCAUGAAUUGAAAGAUUUUAAUGGGUAAGGACCAACAAGUAACUUUUUCUUAUUCAAUAUUGUGUAGAAUUUAAACAGUAUCACACUGACUUAUUGUGUAGAAUUCAAACAGUAUCACACAGACUUAUUGUGUAGAAUUCAAACAAUAUCACAAUGACUUAUUGUGUAGAAUUCAAAGGAUAUCACGCUGACUUAUCAGAUGUAGUAACUAUGUUUAGAAAAAAAGUACUAAAAUAAAUAAAGGGAUUCUAAUUGUUUGUCAUGUCUUGUAAAAAGCUAGUCACUGAAUUUCUAUUACACUGUUAUACAAUGUGUAUAAUAGAGUCUACUUUAUUUAGUUAAUGGUUAAUGGAGACAGCCAUUUCAGUAGGUCCAAUCUAAGAAAUUUAAAUACAAUAAAAUUGAAUGGACAGUGCUUUGUUUGGGACAAAAAGCCAGUUUACCAGGACCAUGUUUCACUGAUAGUUGUAAAUCAAAAGAAAAUCUUUAAAAAAUUUUGAAAUGCUGUUCUAAUUUCAUUCUGAUUUUAAGUUAUCAAAGUUCGAUGUGUAAAACACAGUGGAUAACAAAACCCACAUCUAUUUGAAAAUCCAAAUAUUUUGGGGGUACAUAGAUGGUAGUGUACCAUAGUGCUUCAAUAAAAUACAUAAUUUUAGGACCCACUAGCUUUAAAAUAUUUGCAAAAAUUACCACCAUAUAACACUGAACGUAACUACAUGUGACAAUUCACCCCUGCUAUACAUCACCAUUCACAUAUAAACACAACAAUACACCACUAUCAACAACUAAACACUAUAAUACACAUCACCAUACACAUCUUAACACUACAAUGCAUCACCUUACACAUAUAAGCACUACAAUACAUUACCUUACACAUAUAAACACUACAAAACACCACUAUAUGCAUCAUUAUUUAUUAACUGUGUUUUGGUCAGUGAUGUUGGAAGAAAUGGAUUGGCUACGUCUGAAGUAGCUUUUGUCAAACAAAAUUACUGAAUAUCUUAUUUGUAUGAAAAAUUGAUGAGAGUUUGUCUCACUUUAAAAAAAAAAAUUUGUUUAAAAAUUAUUUGUAAUUGAUAAAGACAUUUUGAUAUAAUUAUGUUCAAACAUUUCAGGAGCCUAGACUUUGACUGCCUGGGGAGAGGGAGCUGCAGAGCUUUUGUUCUUGCCCACAAAAAUGUUUACAUUGGAAGCCAGAGAAUCUCCAUAGAAGCCAAUGAUAAAGAGACCAUGGGUAAGUGA